AUGACACCGUCUAGACGGUUGUUGAGCUGUUCUAGAAGUUACACUAACUGGUAUCCAUCUCCGGUAUCAAGUGAAAUACUAUCGCGAAAUGAUUAUGAAAAGUUUCAAAAAUCAAUUCCUAUUAUGAUAGAAGAGGGCGUGCAGGCAAUAAACGUUUUGAAACCAGCAGAAUUAAGCACUAGAAUUAAAAGAAUUACAGAAUACAGCACAAAAGGACGAAAUCUUACACAAAGUGAAAUGACAAUACUAUGUCAUGAAAUACUUCGAAAACCUGAAGAAGUAAAAAGCGAAUUACAAACUCAACAAUAUAUUUUAGCCUUAUGUGUUCAAAUGGUAAUGGCAUAUAUUAUUAUCAUGGAUGACAUAGAAGAUGGUACGAAAACACGCAACAGGGAGACGUGUUGGCAUUUACUGCCAGACGUAGGCAGCUUGGCCAUGAAUGAUGCCAGUAUGUUUCGGAGCUUUAUACACGAAAUGUUAAAGCAAGGCUUUCAAGGGUCUACAUACGUUAAUAUACUCAACCUAUUCAAUGAGGCAUUUUUAACGUGCAACGUUGGACAAUACUUUGAUGCCGUAACUGCAAAAAACAGAAAUUAUGAUGAUUUUACUAUGGACCGUUACAAAAUGAUUGCCCAUCAUAAAUAUGGGUAUUUUUCUACCAAAUUCCCUGUUUUAUCAGCGCUAAUUUUGUGCAAUAAAUUCAACAAGGAUUCGCAACGAAAUAUUUCCAAUAUAUUGACAGAUAUCGGAAUUUGGAGCCAAAUAAACAAUGACCUUACAGAUUUCUUCGAUGAUGAUAAACGGACGGGUAAAACUGGCUCGGAUAUACAAGCGGGAAAAUGUACUUGGCUAGCAGUAACGGCUUUGCAGCGCUGCAACAAAACACAACGAAAGGAAUUCGAAGCGUGCUACGGUAGUUGGGAACCUGAGAAUGUAAGCCGCAUACGAAAACUCUACGAGGACUUAAAUAUACUAAAUAUCUACUUUCGUGAAGAACGUGCUACCUACGAAGCAACUGUAAAAAAAAUUCAGUCACUUCCAACUAAUGCCCUACCGUCGCCUGAUUUUUUCCAAAUCAUACUUGAUAAAUAUUAUCCCACUGUUAGUUGUGGUGAAUCUUAUAAUACAAAAACUAAGUAA